AUGUCAACACCACUUCUCUCAAACGAAACAGCACAGACAAUCGGCGCAGCUGCAACAUCUAUUGCUAAUGACGCUCGAUUCUCCUUUUUACAAAAGUUUCGCGAGGAACGUCUAUCGAAUCUUCGACCUCUUGGCGAUUUCUUUGAUAAGAAUAGAAUGAGCUUUACUACCUCAUUUCACACCAUCAGUCAACGAUGGAAUUACAACUUGCAAUACUUUUCUGCUAAUUACUUAUUAAUUGUCCUCGCCUUGAGCAUCUAUGCCAUUAUCACCAGUUGGUGGCUUCUUUUCACCAUUGGUUUUAUUGCUGGUGGCUUCUAUGUGAUCUCACGCUUAGAUGGACCUGUGACGAUCGGAAACACGGUUUUAUCACCUUCAUCACUUUAUGGUUUCUAUGCCGGUGUCUCGAUCAUCUUGUUACUAUUCUCAGGUGCAACAGGUGCCAUCUUCUGGAUUAUUGGUGCCGCAGCUAUCCUCAUUCUCGGUCAUGCGGCCAUUAUUGAACCAGGACUUGAAGGUGAAUUCUCUGCAGAUGGACAAGUAUAA